AUGGUUGCAAGAUUCGUGAUUGCCGUGUUUGCCACCUUGCUGGUCGUAGCGACCACAAGCCGUGACGAUGUGGCAAUGCUACAGCAGUCUCGCAAAGACAUCGAGCCAAGUGGGCUUCAAACGACUCAAGCCGAUUCCUUGGAGGACAUGGCUUUGGGCCCACUGAUGCUCAAAGUGAAGGAGGAGUGCCUUUCAUCCACUCAGCAAUGCUUGCCUGCUUUGAUUGAAGCCCGGCAUAGAGUUUGGCCCUAUGUGCAAGCUGAGCUCGGCAAGGAAAUCAAGCCAUAUGAGCCUAGCUCAUUCAGUGCGGACUUCGCCAGCGCCUGGCUGAAGGAUGAGGUUUGCCAUGGGAAGACCUUCUUUCUGCUGCAUGUUUGGAAAGCAGUCGGCUGGGGAGGCAUUGAGAACCUCCAACAAUUGAUGGGUGGCAAUGUGGAGCGACAUAAUCUAGGGGGCGACCUUCAUCCAUAUGACUGCCAGAAUGUGUCCCAUCCCUCCACCUUCACCUUUGUGCGCGAUCCGCUCACACGCUUCAUCUCAGGAUAUGCCCAGCUAGAGCUGCUGAAGGAAGGCUCUUUGGGAGUUGCUGCGCGGCUUUGCGACCGUCAAGCUGAAGACUGGUCAGAGCGCUGGUUUCUGCGUGGUCUUAUUCAUGAUGUUGCUCACGAGCAUGAGAAAGUCGAAGAAUGCAUGCGCCGUGCAGUGGAGCUGGAUCCAGACAGGGCAGAUGCUUGGCUCUUCCUUGCAGAGACAAGCUACCGUGCUGGAGACUAUGAGACGAGUUUUGCUGCCUUCGACCGGGUUUGCGAACUGGCCCCAGAAAGCUUGGCAGCGCAGCAGGCCGAAGUCGAUCGCCGACUGCUGAGCCGGAACCUUCGCUGCGUCCUCAUGACCAGGAACAUUUGGAGCCAGGAAGUGGCUGAAAGCUUUGUCAGCCAGGAGCCCGCUCAGCACACGACCUGCCUGCCCCGCGUCUGGGAUGAUGUGCUCAAGCCUGAACUCUUGGAGCUCUUGCAUCGGAGUGUGGAUGACAUUUGCACUUGGCGGAUCAAGAGCCCGCGGAAGCCUGCAUUGGGUUUGUUGGGUCAGCUUCAGGAUCGAGCUUGAGCACCUUCUGGCUCCCGCGCGGAAAGGCGCCACGGACGCCUGGCGUAAAUUUAAUAGACCAAAUGGUUGGGCGAUGUUGGGUGCAAGUAUCGUUUUUUCUUGUUCUUCUAAUGUAGACUCUGUAUAUUAUGAUGCACUUCCCGUUUGAACUGAAGCAGGGGGGUUGAGUCUGUCGACAUUAGUGCACAGUCUGUGCGACGAGCAGGACAGCUGCAGAGGUGGCUGGGCGGCUGCUCCUGCAGCUUCUGGGAGAGGAUGAGAAGGACUACGAUGGAAUUGAAUGGUGGUGCCGAACCCAAUGCGCGCGAAUGGGUGCUCACUUCCACUACGACACUGCCAUUUCCGAGACGCAGCUGCAGGGAUUUUGUGACAGGCUUGACAUGUAAACGCUCCAACAUGUUUCGACAAACGGACCACAAGGACGUGCAAAAGCACUUUUUGGCAGAGGAGAAUGCUUGUGCAAGGGUCCCCUGCCCUUGUGUUUCCUUCCAUGUGAUGUGACGUUCCAACAUGUUCAGUUCCAUCUACCAGUAGGCAUCUGAGUUAUGAAAUAUAUGUUCGCUUCUGUACCUCAAUCUGCAAGGAUGCUUGCCUCGUUGAAGAGACAUGUCCGCGGUUGUUUUGCUCGAUACAGGGGUUUCUUUGGCUUGGGUUCCAGGGCAGCGAUUAGAGACAGAUUUAUAUACAAUGCAGACUCCAAAUGAAGGGGUGCUACUGCCAAUGUGUCAAAGCCUCCAUUCAUGUUGUUCAUCAUGUUAUUUUAUUACAUUAUGCUACAGUUGCUUGGCAAGUUUAAAUGUAGAAUUUGUAUGCCACUGUAAGGUUAUAUUCCACGUGCUUCACCAUGUUUCGCAAGAUGUUCUUUUGAACAUCCCUGUCGCUCGGCUGUUUCUCCCAGGACGCCCCCGAGAAAGUAGUAGUAGUCGUGCCCCC